AUGGGGCUGAAGUCCUCAGUCAGCGCUUGCCUGAUCUGUUUGCUUGCGUUUGGGAAAGGUAGUCUGUUCCAGGCACCUGGGAGAGUCGGUGAUAGUGCUCAUUUUCAAAAAGGGGCGCGGGCGGAAAUUGCCAAAGUCUAUCGUCUCAUCAGAGACGGAGCAAAGCCUCCCUUAUCCACUGCAUCACCACCGCCGCCGCAGUUUUACGGAACAUGCUAUGGAAGAAAAUGUCGACGGUACUUUUGCACUGUGUGUGGUUCACUUGCUACCACGAAUCUUCACAGUGGACAGGGCCAAAAUUAUGGACGGGAACAGCGUGCAGUCGAUUGGUUGUCCGGUACAACUCUGCCAGAUGCCAUAACACGAGCACAGCAGUUUCAUACUGAGCUACACAGAUAA